UGUCCGGCUCACACCCAGAGAGACGGAUCUGUUACUAGAGCGCCGAGAGCUGAACGCAUCCAGGAACUGCGACGUUAGGGGGAGCAGCUGCGGCUCCGGCAGGAGGAGGAGGAGGAGGAGGAGGAGGAAGAGGAGGAGGAGAGAGAGUUUGCUGCCACACCAAAGUGCGUUAUCAGCUGCUGAAGGCUGGACAGACGCGAGGUGUGGGGGACGCUGAUAGAGAGGGGGAGACUCUUUGGAGGGCGUAGAGGUGAAGUAAGGGACGGAAACUCCCUCCUGGUUGUCGGCGGUGACCGUGGCACCGAUGGGCGCGACUUCCCCCAGCCGAGCCGCCGUUCUUUACCCGGCAGCGGUCCUCAGAUGCUGCCUCUGAUCCGCCUGACAGUUGGAUAAGUGGCGACCCAGCUCUCACCGGCACCAUGCUCCACCGUAACCUGCGAACAGGUGGCUACAACCUGCCGGGGGUGGAGUCAAGCGAGGUGCCUCUCAUUGGCUACCGGCCCUUAUCGCCUGAUGGCGGAACCCCAAGCAGCCAGCCAGGGAGGAGCGAAAAUCUGGAAAAUUCACAGGCGGAGUCCUCACCCAUGAAGACUACCUGGUACUGCCCUCUGGAUUUGUCCACCGUGGUGGAGGAGGAAGACGAAGGGGUUAUCUACACGGUUGUGGUCAAACAGCAGCAUGCCGGCCCUAACAGUCCAGUGUCAACCGUUUCCCGUUCCCAGUGCGUGAAAGCUGGAACGGAAGAGAAGCUGGUGCUGCACCUCCUCCACUCUUUCUCACUGGGAGAUUCCUCCUUCAUCUCCAUCUUCCUCUCCACCUAUCGGUCCUUCACCUCCACAGAGAGAGUGCUGGACAUCCUCAUUGACAGAUUAGAGAAUCCGCCUGGGGACAGCGAGAGAAGUCAGACAAGACAAUCCUUCAACAAAGCGGUGUGUACUGUGUUCAGCACGUGGCUUUCGGAGUAUCCCGAAGACUUCAGGAACCUCGGAGAUCCGUCUCGUCUGUUGCGUCUGGCUCCUCUGCUGCCUCAGGACUCCUCGUCUGCUGUUGACCUUCGAGCUCGCCUCCUCCGGACGGCCGAGGAGCUCAGCGAGAGAGCCCUGCUCCCCGACAAACACAGAGAUCAGAGCAGCUCCAGCAGCUCUCCUCCUGAUCCUUCAAAGUUUGAACCCACCAGCGUCCUGGGAUUCCCUGCUGCUGUCAUCGCUGAGCAGCUCACAAAGAUAGAAACUGAGCUUUUUGUCCGUUUGGUGCCGUACCACUGUCUCGGCUCGCUGUGGUCUCAGAGGGACAAGAAGGGCAGGGAGGGCGUUUGCUGGUCUGUCCGGGCCACCAUACGGCAGUUCAACAAGCUGGCCAACGCCGUCUUAGCAUCGUGUCUUUGGCCGACGAAGCUGCGCAGCCAGCAGAGAGCACGGCUGCUGGAGAAAUGGAUCAGUGUUGCAGAGGUCAGCGGACUAAAACCUCGAUUCUUCCUUUAUUACGCUUUUGCUACCUUGAAUAAUUCAAGAACACACAUGAAUCUUCCACUGACAGUUGUUUUCUUUCGCAGAGAGGCCUUGAGGAGAUACGAGGAGCUGGCAGAAAUAUUCUCAGACAAGGACAACUAUUCACAGAGCAGAGAACUCCUGAAGGAGGAGGGAACCUCAAAGUUUGCCAACCUUGACAACAGGAUCAACAACAGACACCACAGCAGGUCCAACGCUCAGGGCACCGUGCCCUACCUGGGAAUCUUCCUCACAGACCUCACCAUGCUGGACACGGCGGUCAAAGACCGGCUGGAUAAUGGAUACAUCAACUUUGACAAAAGGAGAAGGGAAUUUGAGGUUUUAGCUCAAAUCCGGCUCCUGCAGUCUUCUUGCAAAAACUGCGUGUUUGACUCUGACGAGGCCUUCUCACAGUGGUACCACAGCGUGCCCACACUCACAGAGGAGCAGAGUUACAGACUGUCCAAUGAGAUUGAAGCACCCACUGAGCCGAGUCCUCGAUCUUUGAUGCCAACAGUCAUCAUCACCCAGUGCUCAGACCUGAGCAGCUCCCGGACCAGCCUGGCUGGUGACGGCGACAGCCUCUUCGACUUUCACUCUCCAGUCAAUAACUUUCUCUCCAAACUCACAAAGCACAUGAGAUCUCCGUCGGUUUCCUGUCUGGACGUCGACACGUCCCCUCCGACCACCGAGUCCACCCCCAUCGCGCUGACCCCAACCACGCCCACAAAAACGCACCGCAGAUCAGCCUCCUGCGGCAACAACCUCCCCAGCAACGUCCCCGGGUCGGGGCCCGACAUGCGGAUCAUCCGGAUACGGAUGGACCUGCAGGAUGGGAACCUGUACAGAAGCAUACUGGUUACCAGCAAUGACAAGACCCCUGCUGUGAUCAGCUCUGCCUUGGAGAAACACAAUCAGGACCCCACACAGGCGUCCAGAUAUGAGCUGAUACAACUUCUGCCUGAAGGAAAAGAACUGGUCAUCCCGGCAACAGGAAACGUCUUCUAUGCCAUGACAUCAUCCAGCGUUGACUUCCUGUUGAGAAGGAAAGGCGGGAACACCCCGGUUGGCUCGCCGAUCACCACGGAGACGAGCGCCACUUUUCCUCGCAUCAAGGCCAAAGGAAGGAGAUUGGUCCGGACUCUGUUUUGACACAAGCUUUGUCCUCUGCAGCAGUUUUUUUUUUUUUUCUCUAUAAAUGUGCAAAAAAGACGAAUCUACACAUGCCUUCCUUCGUUCUCCCGACCAAGUCUGUUCUGGAAAAAACACAGAGGACAUCUGCUGCUGAGGAACCGGGCCAGUUCUCCCAAUUGCUAACCAAUAUGCAUUACUAAAUGAAACUGGGAGGGAAGGGCUGGUAGAAUCAGGUGCUUCGGCCCGGUCACCCAGCAUUCAAUGCUUCUGUUUUUCAUUCCAACUCAGCAGGAUUUGUAAGCACAGAUGUGUAGCGAAACACUGAAGCAUGUCCCUGAGACAUACAAACAUGUUUUGUAUAUAUUUAUGCACCUUGUCUGUCUGUAUGAUGAGAGAAGCUCCUAAUUAAUCUGAGAAAUCCUGUUCAUGCAUUCCUGCUAGACUCCAGAGAGCUCAGACAAAAUGAAUUGUUUCAUUUCAACAUAAACAAAAAGCUGCAACAAUCAGACAUUUAUUCAACAGAGGGACUUUUACCAACUCUGCAGCUCAAAUGAACUUUCUGGGCUCUGUGGGAACAUAGAGUCAGAAAAACAGUUUCUUCUCUGACUGGCUUUCUGCACACUCAUCCAGCAACAUCCAGACAGUUCAUCUGCAGGUCGUCCAUUACCCAGAGAGCCAGACGUUCCUCCAGCCGAAGCUGCUGUUGACCAAAGUAAAUCAUUAUUUAUAAAAGGGAGAAAAGAUUUGUUCUGCUGGAUGUCUAAAAGCAAAGAGCGACCAAUCAUUUCUUCAUGUUUUCCUUCUUAGACUCUGGUGAUCUUUCAAAGUUGCAUUAAUCAUCAAUUCUUCUGAAGACCUUUCUUUUGGAUUUUGACUUUUACAUUUUUUACUUGUCUUCAGUCCUGCAUUUGACCAUUUCAGGUGUUUUUGUUUAAGUCACUUUAAACAUAAAAAAGGCUAAUUUCAAAUUGAAUCUACAGGGAACUGGGUUUCUGAAACAUUAAGAGAUUACAGGGAGCUCUGGCUGCUUGGAAGGUUUAAAAGUUUUUCACAGCACUAUAUGCAAGUACAUCGAUGCAUUAAAUUCAUAUAGAACAAAACUGAAGUUUCCUCUAAAUUCUAGUGGACAAAAACAAUUCCUGCAGCUUUAAAUGAACUUCAAGCACUUUACAAAAAAAAACACGUUGCUUUGCUAAAUCAGCAUAAAACUUCUAACAGGAAGAAAGUCGUUCCAGAACCAAGCAGCUGAAAUGUUCUGGUCUAACGGGUUGCCAGGUUGGUUCCCCUCUGAGCUUUCUUUAUUUUAUAGUGAAUGUUCAGCAGCUUGAGUUUAAUCUGAACCUGUGACCUGUGACCUCUGGCCUCUGCGCAUCAUUCCCAGCGCUGAUGAGGCCUUCUGAUUGGCCGAGGCCCGGGAGGGGCCGUGUGGGACCAGAGAGAGGAUUCUGGGUAAUACUACAUGACAUGUGCGGGUGUGAUGCUGCUGCUAAAGACUGUUUUAGUGCCUUUUUCUGCUUGGUGCUCACCUUUCUCAUUAGAAUGUAUUCAGAACACACAGGUGGAGGAAACGCAGCCUCCUCCAGCGCUGAUCCAUUUCACAUCAAACUUAUUUAUGCACUACAUGUCAGAUGUCCUAUUUUGUGGUAAUAAACUUACUUUUAUAUGGA